AUGGCUUCCACCGCGCCAGCAACGUCCAACCCUUCACCAGCACCAUGGAAGUCUCUCUUUAACGAGCACAUUUCUAAGAUGAAAUCGCCCGAGUUUGUCCUGGGAACACUCGAUUCUGCCCCAGAAGGCUCUCCGACCCCAUUUGUGCCCCGUGUGCGAUACUGCAUCUUCCGCGGCUUUUGGGCUGAGCUACCCGAGAACAAGCACAACGACGCGGAGCGCAACCCUCGGGUAUACGAGAGCGAUUGUCCAACAUUCACUACAGACGUGCGUAUGGAGAAGGUGGGACAGAUCUUUGCGAGCGCAGGACACGCGGAGAAGAAUGAUCAGACCCAGGGUAGUGGAGGAGGAGGCCCUGUAGAGGCCGUAUAUUGGAUCACAGAAACUGGGACACAGUGGCGAAUCAAGGGCCGGGCGUACGUGAUUGCCGAUGAUAUUGAGGGAACGGAGAGCAGUGGGGUGAGGACGGUGAAGAGCGAGGUAGGAAAGAGGAUGAAGUUCCUUGCGGAGCCCGAGAAGGAAAGGAAUUGGAGCUGGCAGAAGGAACUCACAGGGUUUUUUGGGAACCAGUCGCCCGGUAUCAAAGGCUCCUUCAAGAAUCCACCUCCAGGGCAAUCAACAACUAAACCUUACGACAAAAACAAUCUUGAGCUCGGCUCCAAGACAGAUGAUCUCCACGAUCUAGUUGCGCGCCAGAACUUUCGCCUUGUCGUCAUUGUGCCGGACUCUGUUGAGCAGACCGAUCUUAGUGAUCCUGCGAAGUCGAGGAGACUCAGGUACACGUUCGAUGAGAGCACGCAAGCGAAUGCUGGUUGGAGGACAGAGGAGCUUUGGCCGUGA